AUGAACCCGUUGAAAUGCGCCUUCGCCGUGCAAUCAGGGCUCUUCCUCGGCUUCGUCGUUCACCAUCGAGGCAUAGAGAUCGAGCCCAAGAAGAUCAAGGCCAUCCUCAACAUGCCGCCACCCUGCAAUCUCAAGGAGUUGCGGGCCUUGCAGGGAAAGCUGGCAUACAUUCGUCGUUUCAUCUCCAACCUCUCCGGACGCAUUCAGCCCUUCUCAAGCCUUAUGAAGAAAGGAACUCCGUUCGUAUGGGAUGAAGCUUGUCAAAGAGGCUUCGAUGACAUCAAGAGGUACUUGCUUAGUCCACCCGUCUUGGCAGCUCCUGUAAAAGGGCGCCCCCUUAUUCUGUAUAUUGCAGCGCAGCCUGCUUCGAUAGGCGCUCUACUCGCUCAACACAAUGAUGAAGGGAAGGAGGUGGCUUGCUACUACCUAAGCCGCACCAUGGUGGGUGCCGAGCGGAACUACUCUCCAAUAGAGAAGUUAUGCUUAGCGCUAAUUUUCUCCUUGAAGAAGUUGAGACACUACAUGCUAGCGCUACAAAUCCACCUCGUUGCAAGAGCGGAUCCUAUAAGGUACGUACUAAGCCAGCCUGCGUUGAUGGGGCGACUAGGAAAAUGGGCACUCCUCAUGAUGGAGUUUGACCUAACCUUUGUCCCCCAGAAAGCGAUCAAGGGGCAAGCCUUGGCAGAUUUCCUUGCAGCGCACCCCAUCCCCGAGGACUCCCCGCUCAUCACCAACCUUCCUGAUGAGGAGGUGUUCACCGCCGAGCUCGAAGGUCCAUGGGAGCUCUACUUCGACGGUGCUUCCCGUACGGAGGCCAAUUCAGACGGAACCCCAAGACGAAGAGCCGGCGCAGGACUGGUGUUCAAGACUCCACGAGGGGAGGUGAUGUAUCACUCCUUCUCCCUUCUUAAGGAGGAGUGCUCCAACAACGAGGCGGAGUACGAGGCACUCAUCUUUGGCCUCCUCCUGGCUCUCUCUAUGGAUGUCCGUUCUUUACGGGCCUAUGGAGAUUCUCAGCUCAUCGUCAGGCAGGUCAACGGUAUCUAUGAAGUACGCAAGCCUGAACUGGUGCCGUACUACAAUGCGGCCCGGAAUCUCAUGGGGAAAUUUCUUCAGAUUGAAGUUCUCCAUGUGCCACGAAGCAGAAACGCGCCUGCGGACGCCUUGGCGAAACUGGCGGCAGCACUGGUGCUUCCAGAUGAUAAAUCCAUGCAGGUGACGGUCGAAGAAAGGUGGCUUCUUCCCGCUGUUCUGGAACUCAUCCCGCCGGAGUACGAAGUCAACUCCAUCACAACAAACAUGGUGGAAGAGGAUGAGUGGCUGCAACCCUUCCUCGACUACUUCAAGCACGGCAGCCUCCCCGACGACCCCGUCAAGAGGCGCCAACUCCAAAGACGAUUGCCCUCCUACGUCUAUAAGGCCGGUGUCUUAUACAAACGGUCUCAUGGGCAGGAGAUCCUACUUAGGUGUGUCAACCGAGGUGAGGCUGAAAAGAUUUUGCAGGAAAUGCACCACGGACCAAGUCAUGCCACGGCUGCCAAAUCCACGGCGACUUCAAGCAUCAACCGCCGGUUCCUCUACACCCCACUGUUCCCUCCCCGGCCAUUCGACGCCCGGGGAAUCGACGCCAUCGGCCCGAUCGAUCCACCUUCCUCGAGGGGCCAUCGUUUUAUCCUUGCAGCGACAGACUACUUCUCCAAAUGGGCGGAAGCUGUCCCGCUGCGGGAGGUGAAGAGCGACAACGUCAUCAACUUCCUAGAGCGAAAUAUUAUAUAUCGCUUUGGGAUUCCACAUCGCAUCACCUCGGACAACGGCAAGGCCUUCAAGUCCAAGAAGAUGUACAGGUUCAUGGCGAAGUACAAGAUCAAGUGGAACUACUCCACCGGCUACUACCCUCAAGCCAAUGGAGCCAUCGAAGCCUUCAACAAGACGCUCGGCAAGAUACUCAAGAAGACGGUGACAAGACAUAGAAGAGACUGGCAUGACCGUCUCUUCGAGUCUUUAUGGGCGUACCGCAUCACGGUCCGUACCCCAACUCAAUCUACUCCCUACUCCCUCGUUUAUGGAAGUGAAGCCGUACUUCCAUUGGAGGUCCAGCUACCCUCUCUACGGGUGGCCAUUCAAGAUGAACUCACCAAGGACGAACAGGUACACCUGCGAUUCCAGGAGCUCGACGCCCUCGAGGAGGAGCGUCUUUAUGCCCUGCAGAACUUGGAGCUUUAUCGCCGAACAUGGUGA